GCAGCCGUGAGGGCGGUCAGACAUGGUCUGGAGGUGAGCCCCCUCCCCAUGUACCCAGGUGUCUUCAUGGGCAGCAGCAGCAGCCCUGGCACAGAGGCAAGUUAAGUUCUCCGAGCGGCAGAAGGGCAGUGUUUUCUUCCAAACCGCCCAUCGAAUUUUGGUCAAAAUAGCUUAACCUUGGAAGUUCUGCUUUUGCCCACAUCUCCCCGGCAGGACUCGAGGCUGUUUCAGUUCAGUGCAGCAGCUGCAAGUGCGGAAGAGGUUUAUGAAGUUAAUUUUUCACUGGCUGCCUGCGCAUGUUGCAGUGUUACAGGAGGGUUUAGGAGGCCAAGCGAGGGUCAGGAUUGCCCUCUGCCAGGUACUGCCCUGAGCCAGGUUGUUCUGUGUGGCGGUGUCCUGGAGUUUGGCUGCAUCAUGGCAACGGUCAUCACCGAAAAGCUUAGCCGCCUCUUCAUUAACCUGCGGCAGGUCCCUCAGCUGAUGGCCCCCCUCUCCCCUUCCACCGUCAGCAGCUCGGAGGUGCCGAAGGUCUUCUGGAAGCCCUACAUCCACACCGGCUACCGGCCAGUGCAGCAGACCUGGUGCUAUUACUUCUCGACACUCUUCCAGCAGCACAACGAGGCCAUCAACGUCUGGACCCAUCUGGUGGCAGCACUGAUCCUGCUGCUGCGGUUCCAGCAGCUCUCGCAGCGGGUGGAUUUUGGGCAGGACCUGCACGCCCAGCCCCUCCUCAUCAUCAUCGUGGCGUCCAUCACCUACCUGACAUUCAGCACCCUUGCCCACCUUCUGCAGGCCAAAUCUGAGUUCUGGCACUACAGCUUCUUCUUCAUGGACUACGUGGGGGUCGCCAUUUACCAGUACGGCAGCGCUCUGGGGCACUACUACUACGCUAUCGAGCCAAGCUGGCAUGAGAAGAUCAAGGGGUUUUACAUGCCAGUGGCUGUCCUGUUAGCGUGGCUGUCCUGCGCCGGUUCCUGCUAUGCCAAGUACCGGUACCACCAGUCCGCUCGCCUUCUGAGCCGGCUCUGCCAGGAGCUGCCCUCCAGCCUGGCGUACAUGCUGGACAUCAGCCCCGUGGUCCACCGCAUCUACACCGCGCCGCCCUCUGAGCGGGCUGACCCGGCCCUUCUGUACCACAAAUGCCAGGUGCUGUUUUUCCUCAUUGGUGCCUUUUUUUUCUCACACCCUUACCCCGAGAAGUGGUUCCCCGGGAAAUGUCACUUUUUUGGGCAGAGCCAUCAGAUUUUUCACGUGUGCCUGGUACUCUGCACGCUGGCGCAGAUCGAGGCAGUGGUGUUGGACUAUGAAUCCAGGCGACAGAUCUAUUCCACUCUUCAGGGUGAUUUGGCGCAUAACUUCUCUGCCCUGUGCCUCUUCACUGUGACCUGCUCUGUCCUCACAGCUGCGUACAUGGCCCGGAAGGUGAAGAACAAGUUGAGCUUCAAGGAAGAGUAAGAGCCCUGAAGGAGAAGCAGGUGACCUUACCUGAAUGGUUCAUCUCCAGCCAGCUGUGGUGAUGCUGGCACAAAUCUGGCCACAAACUUUGAGGAGAAAAGGAAUUAAAUGCUUCAGGAACUAGUGGUCUCUAUAGGGAGGGAAAGUAAGAGCUGCAUUUUAUGCUUUUUUAAAUUCAGAAUUAGUUCCAGCUCGCUCUUAAAAUGGUACACUGGUUUAAUUCAUAUGUCUGAAUAAACAGUGGGAACAAAA